UUUGUAAUUGUGCUAUAAAAAAAUAAAAACAAAUUAAUUAUAUAUAAUUCAUGACCAAAUUAUAGUUUGAGGAGCUAUAAUUUAGAGGGGUACUUUUCUUCUUGUACUUAUAUCAAUUUCCCGCUGAAAAUAUGACAGUACCAAGAACACCACGAGCAGCUCAAUUGUUAUUAAUAUUUAUGAAAACUAUGGAUGUUGGAAUCCCAGUUUUAUUUGUUCUAUGUAGCUCUCGAACUGCGGCUAUGUAUACUGCUGUUUGGGAAUUUAUUAUUGAAAGUGCGGAAGGAAUUCAAAAUCACUUGCGCUGUGUUGUUACUGAUUAUAAAGCUGCCAUUAUUUCCUCUAUAAGAAAUUCUUUUCCCUUAGUGCAAAUCAGAGGAUGCUGGUUCCACUGCAUAAGAGCUAUGACACGCAAAUGGAAUUCUUUACGACUUCCUCGCGACAAUGAUCAAACACUCAAAGAGGCUUGGGCAUUGCCUUUAAUUCCACCUGAACUCUUUCAAACAGCUAUUGAGCUUAUCGCUGAGACAGCCGAGCAAAUUGAAGGACAACAUGAAAACGUUAUAAUGUUUAUUUAUUAUUUAAUUCGACAAUGGUUACCUUAGGCAAACAUUGUCUCAGUGUGGAAUUCACCUUGGCGGACCAACAAUUUCGCAGAAGCUUUUAAUCGGCAUCUUAUAUCGAGAUUAAAUGGAGAAUAUCCAUCAUUAUUUACAUUCUUAGCACAAUUACAAAAUAUUAUUAGAUAUAUGGAAAUCCAGUGGGGACGGUUAGAUGCCGGAAU